CAGCUUAUGAGAACAAUCUGAAUAGCUGGGUGGCAGAGAGGCUGCUCAGGAUGCACUUCCUGGAGCAUCCUCAUGAGGAGCAGGUCACUGUUCAGGGAGAAGUCUACUUCCCAAAUCUCCAUCUCCAGACCAAGGCUGUGGACUUUGGCUGCAUCAUAAAUGACACUGAACAAGAAGUGCAUAUGGAGAUGACCAACUGCGGCCCCAUUCCUGCCCAGUACCACUGGUCAUUCCAGACAGACAGACAGGUGAACACCAUAAGGUUCAGGCCUUCACCACCUAAGUUCAAACCCCAGUCAUCAAAGAAGAAGGGAGUACUUCCAAGGAGACACUCCAAGGCUGAAGGUGUGGAGGAGCCAACCAAAGCCCUGGAAGCAGUGCAGGAUUCUGCCCAGGAGGAUUCUGCCCAGCAGCCAGCAGAUGCAGAGGACUCCCUGGAAGUAGAGGAGCUGUCAUUCCCUGCUGUGGAGCCUCAGAGGCCGGUGAGGAAGAGGGGAUUGAGUCAAUUCUCAGAGGUGAAGCGCCCCAAGCCUGGCAUGCAGGAGGUUUUUGAUGUCCGGCCCCUGUGGGGUGAGCUGCAGCCGGGAGAGAGCCACACGGUCACCUUCACCUUCUUCGGCUACGCCAACAUCGUCGCCCGUGUCACGGCGCUGUGCCACGUGCAAGGAGGCCCCACCUACCAGGUGGUGGUGACUGGGGAGGCUUCGUGCCCCAGCUACCAGCUGGAUGUGGAGGAGAUUGACUGGGGGCUGCAGGUGUUUAACAAAGUCCUCAAAGCAAAGGUCACCCUGCAGAACACCGGAGUUGUUGAAUUCACCUAUGUUGUGCCAAACUCCAGCACUGGCACUGCAGCAAAGCCUCUGCCUGGUGUGCCCCUGGUCCUGCCCACCACAGGUUCCAUUGCACCUGGCAGACAGCAAGUGUUGAAAGUCUAUUAUCUGCCAGGAAAGCUAGGAAUCUUCUGCAGGACUUUCCAGGUUCAAGUGGCUUAUCUGGAACCUGCAGAAAUCUACCUGAAAGGAGAGGGGACCUUUCCUAGGAUUACCAUGGACCUACCCUGCGUGUUGAAAGGAAAUGAAAAAUAUGGGAAGAUACUGAAAGAGAGAGCACAAAACAUGGGAGUACACACAAAGGGCGGUGCACCAUCUUUUCCAUUGGACAUUACAGACUGGGAGGAGACACUGCAAGAGGAAGAAGAAAACCUGGAGGAAGAAGAAAGGCAGAGCAAUGAAUCAUCUUAUCUGCAGUCUUCUGUGAUCAUGGGGUCAUCCAUGAAGUCAUCCAUGAAGUCAUCCAUGAAGUCAUCCAUAGGGUCAUCCAGGAAGUCAUCCAGGAAGCCUUCCAUGAAGUCAUCAAUGAAAUCAUCUGGAGGACAGGAUCUUUAAUAAGCAGAUGCAUCAGAGUCUUGUCAAGUGAAUAGGGACUCUCAUCCCCAUGUCCAGGUGCCCUGUGGGUAACAUCCAGCAGUGCCCCCUGCUCCUGGGAGCUCCUUGUGUCUGCAGGGCUGGGAAUAGCCUGGACUUCAGGAAAGAUCUGGUCCUGGUGGCUGUGACACACUCUCUGUGAGCAGCUGAGUGCCCACCCUUACCCAGCAGCAUGCUGAACCUGGCUCUGCUCAGCUUCCCAUAGCUGUGGGGUUCUGUUCCUAGAGCUCAGGGAAUCCAGUGCAGACCAUCAAGGCCUUACAGGCAGCACAGACACCAUUCCUGAUGACAGCUUCAAGCUGUCUUGGUUCCAGCUAACAGAGCACACUGAGCAAAAGGAAUCACACAGGUCCACAAACCCUUGGGAAAUUGGAGGAGCAGCAGCUGUGCAGUCAGACCACAAUUCAGGACUUUAUCUCCAGACGUGACUGGAUCUUAGUUGGAUCUGCAGUCAGAGGCACCAGGAGGCAUGCUGGGGCAAGCAAGGAGCUCAGGUGACACAGGGGGAGGGUGACAUGAGCCUUUCAGCACUUGCUCCUUGCCAGGUGCAAUGGAGCCCUGUAGGGGAUGGGAGAAGAGGGAGGGAAUGCCUCAAAGAAGGUUUGAUGGGAAUGGCUCAGGGGACACCCAGGCUGAGAAGACAGGUUCUCAUCUAGAAGAAAACAUCAGACCACAUCACUUUCUAACUUCCUUGUGCCCAAAAGCUCGAGCCUCCAACCCUGGGGUGCAGUGUGUCCUCCUGAGGUCUCACAAGGCCACAGCCCCAGCAGAGCCUGAUGUGAGCACAGCUCUGCUGCUAGCAGGACUGGCCCUCUGCCAGCAAGGGCCAUGCUGAGCAAAUGAAAGCUCUUCUGCCAGCUGCUUUGUAAAUAAAUCCCAUUUGAAUAUAUUACUUGCCUUGUUUUUAUGAGAUUACACAAGAUUGUACUUGGCAUAGUCAGCAGGAUGUCAGUAGAGGGGUUUCUGGGGAGUGUCCCUUCUCCUUUAGGGAUGGAAUGUGUGAAGGAGAAAGGGUUGGACCUGGAGGAGGUGGUAGAGAGACACAGCAGCGCUGCUGCGGCCGAAGAGGACGUGGUAAAGAGAGCGUGUGUGCCACCUUGGGAGCGUGCCUGGUACUGGCACAUGGUGAUUAUUCCAGAGGACUGGAAACAGAGAAACCUCUAGACACAAUUGUCUUAAAAGAAAUAACAGAGAAGGAGAGCAAAUAAGAGCAACAGAGAGCAACAAAGGAUUGAAAUAAAGCUGACAAAACAACAACAAAAAAAAAACCCAAAAAACCAACUCUGUCAAACAAUAGGAUUAUCCACUUCUAGAUGGUGACAGCAGAUCCAGAGGACUGGUAUGGGCAUAUUUGGAGACAUUCUGAUGAACACAUUUCAGAAGGAUUAGGGGAGUUAGAGGAAAGAAGCGUUUUUAUUUCAAAAGGUCUGUGACAUGGCUGAUGUUCCCUCUACCACUGUGCACCCAACCCCAUGGGUGGGACUGGAACUUGGUGCACUACAACCUAAACUUCUGUGCAGCCCAGGGGAGACAGAAACUGAGUGUUUGUGGAGAGCCUCUGUGAUGGGAGGAGGUCAGAUCGUGGUAAGUGACAAAGAACUGAGUGGGUUUGGGGGUCCUGGAAUGGUUUUGAGCGAUGGGCCAGCAGAUGUGUUACCCCUGAGUGGUUUAGGUCAGUUAAAGAACCAGCAAAGGUAACAGGGCAGUGGUCACAGCACCAAGGCUGCCAGAGUUCAGAAAUGUUUGCUCUCAGGC